GACCCAGGUCGGCACCUCAGCGACCAUUCGCAGCAGCCGACGAGUCGGCUGCUGUUAUACCAGCUGUCUGCCCAACUCGACCGACCUCAUUGCUGCCCCCCUCACUGACAGCAGUCCGCCCAGAGGGGCCUUCGGACUUAGCUGUCCUAUCGACUGUUCCGGUUCCAGCGGAGGCCCAGACUGUGUUCACUGAGGCCAUUAACCGUCCCCUGUCCGAAUUAAGGUCCGACUUAUUGGACAAGCUCAUUCAGAUGGUUGGUGGCCUUCUUUUUUACACUCCAACGGAAUCACCAGCCGUCUCCAUUCUGCAUCGGCUGAUGGAAAGACUUACAGAGCUCAAGACUGAAGUGCUAGUCAUUGGACUCCUGUCAGCCGAAACCCCCCAGCCCGACUUCGAUCAAACAACGCUGGAGAAUUCUUUGGCUAAGACCCGAGAAUCUCUUCAGCAGACUACUGGAAGGCUGGGUGGUCUCCUUAGCACGAAAGCUCAAGUUGAUGAAGCUAUUCAGAAAAAGGAGGCAGAAUUACGGGAGCUGAGGAAAGAACAGUCUACCCUGGAUAAGCAAAUUACCAAUGAACAGCGUCUGCUUGAGAAGUAUACCAAAAAUGAGGCUGAAUUGGAUCAAGAGCUGAAAACCCAAGCCCGAUCCCAAUUCAUCAUAAGAUAUCAGACGGCUGCCAAUACCAGAAGGCUAUCCAGGGAUGAAAUCAAAUGGACCCAUAUAAAAACUGCCCUAGGGGCAUUGUUGUAAUAUUUUCCCCUCUGUAACCACGUUUGACUUAGUAAUCCAUUUUUUCUUUCGUCUCACAAAACAAGGAUCACCUUUCAAUUUCCAACUUUGUAGGAAUAGAAACAAACUCCUUCUUUAAAAGAACAUUGUUUCUCACAUUUUAAGAAACACAUUCCAAGGCAUAUUUUGAAAAUCACAACACUUAAAGUGUUAACAAACAUGGCGAAUGACCGACCUUAUGUUCCAUCAAACAAUUGGCAGGGUGUUCUUCAACCCUUCUUUGUGGGUAAUCACCCUAUUGGAGGCCAUGCAGAAGACUUGUUACAUAUACUCAAGCAACUAGACUUCAAAUUCCGAUUCUCCCAACGAGGAAGAAGAACCAUUCAUCGCGUCAUCCGCCUGAUGGAAAAAAUCAUUGAGGGGUAUGAACCUCUUCGUGACAUCCUUAGCCGCAUUCCUGAUCUCCAUCACCACAUGGAAAUGAUAGAAAAUCACGCAGCAACUAUACUUCCAGAUCUUGGUUGGGAUAACAUCUUUUCCAACCAACGAAAAGUCUUCUCAAGAUUACGGACCAUUGUUGAUCGUGAACAUCAAGCCAUAACAGACAUGCAAGCACGUACCCAUCAAGAUUUAGAUGAAAUGCAAAGCCAAUGGGAAAGGUACCGACCAGAUUUGGAAGAUCUUAUUGAAGAAGAACCAGAGCUAAUAUCCACUCACUGGGAUGAAAAGUCUGAUUCAGAGGCAGAAAAUUUCUCACAACUACACGAUGACUAACAGAAAUGAACC